UCGUGGAGACUUGACGUGUUUCAUAGAUGCCAAAGGAUAUCUAUUUAAUAUGGGUUGCAAACAGACCAAGGUUACGCCUUUCAAGCAGACAUCUCCCGAGGAGGCUCUGACGGGCAAGAUCAACUGUCCUCACGAGCUGUACUACGCCAAGUGUCAGGUGACACGGCCCACACCCCGUCUGUCAGGGGCGGAGAUUCUUCAACAGCUACGAGACGAGGGCUUGGUCCCCGACCGUCAGUCCAGCGGAGGGGUGGCCUUCUCUGUCCCCGCCGUGGAAGGGGUUGUUCCCCGUGGCAAAGCUCCCCGGCGUCUGGAGCAAAUCCUAGUGCGAUGCUUCUACACAGCUGAGAGGAGGAGACAGAAGGCUGAUCUAUUCCGACUGGACAGGUUUGUGGAGCAAGUCCAGAGAAAACAACUGGACAGGGAAAUCAAACACAAAGGCUGUCAAGGACGAGAAGAAACGUCGCCAGUUCCUCAAGAAAAUGAGGGCGGAACAUCAGCUCCAGAUGAGGGAGGUGAAACUGAAAAAGCUUGAAGAAGAGCGGGCGGCGAAGAGGCAGAACCCAGCAAAUAAGUAGAUCAUCGCGCUGGUAAUGGCUGUCAGGAUGUAGACAACGGUGGAUGGUGGAAAUAUAUCAAGAACAUUAACUCGAAAAACAACAACAAAAGAAUAUUAGCAAACAGGCCAAGGGAUGCUGAUAGCCAGAUGCGGAAGAAGUCAAUACAGUUGUAGAGUUGAAUGUUUGAAAACUCUUGUUUUCCGUUUACCUGUGUGUAAAUAUUUACGGUAACUUGUUUAUAAUAUAUAUAAAGUCCGUAUCUCAAGUGUACAAGACAGUCAUGUGUGAACAUGGUGUAAAUAUUUUGUACAUACUUGUAUUAUUUGUGUUAUAUUUCAAAUAAUAAAGGUUCAU